AUGGGCGGUGUUCUUGGACCUGUUGUGGGGAUCAUUGGCAGCUUACAGGCCCUGGAAGUUCUAAAAAUCGCUGCUGGACUUACACCCAAUUUUGCUUCGAAAAUGUAUCUCUUCGAUGGAAGCUGUGGAAGAUCACGGACAAUUCAACUCCGUCAUCGGAAUAAGCAGUGCGAUGUUUGCGGAGAUAAUCCUACUAUUACUGAACUUAUUGAUUACGUGGCUUUUUGUUCAGGAGCCUGUGAUAAGAUACAAAAUAUUUCAAUUCUCCCACCAGAGGAUCGAGUCACCGUGACCGACUAUUCUAGAAUUCGAUCAUGUGGACCUCCAGUUUUGCUCGAUACUCGCCCUCCUCACGAGUUCGCCAUUGCCAGUCUCGAAGAAGCCAAAAACGUAACCUUGGACGAAGUUCGGCAACUAGACUCUGCCUCUAUCAGCGAGCGGUUAGGAUUAACUUCUGCAGGAGAUCAUCUUGACGAAAUGUUUGUAAUAUGUCACCGUGGGAACGAUUCUCAACUAGCGGUGGAAAUUUUGAAAAAGAAACUUCGUUCUCUCCGAAUCCGUGAUAUCCGUGGUGGAUAUGAAGCGUGGGCGGAUGAAAUUGACAAGGAUUUUCCUCGAUAUUGA